UGGUGCAUUGGAGAAAGAAAUGGUAAAAGUGGGUGUCAUGAUAGACAAGAACUCUAGAGUGGGGAGGCAUAUUGACAUGGCGCUGUCCGAUUUUUAUGCUGAGCAUGCAAGCUACCGUACGAGGUUGUCUCUUUGCUCCAGGGAUUCCCAGAACGAUGUCGUUGCAGCCGCUUCCGCAGCCUUAGAUUUGAUGGAAAAUGAACAAGUGUAUGCCAUAAUUGGACCGGAAUGGUCCUCGCAGGCCAAAUUCGUCAUUGAUCUUGGAGCUAGAGCCCAGGUUCCUAUCAUAUCAUUCUCGGCCACAAGUCCUUCCCUCUCCCCAGCCCAGAACAUCUACUUUGUUCGAACUACAUACGAUGAUAGUGUCCAAGUGAAGGCAAUCGCUGCAGUCGUUCAAAUCUUUGGUUGGAAAGAGGUUGUUCCUCUCUAUGAAGACACCGAAUAUGGCAACGGCCUGAUUCCAUGCAUCACUAAUGCCUUUCAAGAAAUAGACACCAGGGUACCUUACAGAAGUGUGAUCCAUCCAUCAGCCCAUGACAUUGAUAUACUAAAUGAGCUCAUAAAGCUGAUGACAAUGCAGACAAGGGUUUUCCUGGUUCACAUGACUGCUUCGCUCGGGUCUCGGCUAUUCUUGCAGGCGAAUAAGGCAGGGAUGCUGAAUGAUGAGACUGUGUGGAUUGUGACUGAUGGGUUGACAUCAUUGCUCGACCCAGUUGGGUAUAGAGCGAAAGAGUCCAUGCAAGGUGUGAUAGGGGUGAGGCCUCACCUCCCAAUGUCGAAGCGACUGGAACGCUUCAAGAAGAAAUACUUAAUUGGGGCUAGGAAGUUGAAUCUCUUCGCCUUAUGGGGGUAUGAUACCGUUUCCGCAUUAGCCAAUGCAGUCGAGAUGGCGUGGUGGAAUUCCUCCAAGUCUCGAAACCGGAGGAGGACUAGGCCAAAAGCUGGAGACGGACUCCGUCCUUCUAAGUUCGAAGUCUUCAAUGUGGUUGGGCACAAUGAAUGGGUCAUAGGGUAUUGGACCCCCAAACACGGACUCUGCAGUAAGCGAACCAAGUCUAACGUAAGUAACUUCACCAAAAAAGAAAAUGGGUGUCGAACUUCCAAGGAUAACCUGAUGCCACCCAUAUGGCCCGGGGGAACACGACAGCAGCCCAAGGGUUGGGUGAUUCCCACAGUGACAGGGAAGAAGAUGAAGAUCGGGGUCCCAGUCACCCAAAGGUUCAGUGAGUUCUUCAAGAUUGUUUGGGACCCACAAACCGAUGUUCCAACCUAUUCUGGGUUCUCUUAUGAUGUGUUUCUUGAGGUGUUGAAAGAGUUGCCCUUCGCUCUUCCUUACGAGUUCAAGCCGUUCAUGAACGCGAGUCGCCAGAGUGCUGGAUCUUAUGAUGAUUUGCUCUACCAAUGUUAUUUGCAGGUAGUUGAUGCAGUGGUAGCAGAUAUGACCAUCAUUGCAAACCGGUCCAACUAUGUAGACUUUGCUUUGCCCUACUCAGAAUCAGGCGUGUCGAUGUUGGUGGCAAUGAAAGAUGACAAGCGAAGGAACAUGUGGAUCUUCCUAAAGCCGCUCAAGUGGAACCUUUGGUUAACGACUGGCCUGGCUUUCGUAUUCAAGGGCUUCAUAGUGUGGGUCCUCGAGCGCCAGAAGAAUGAGGACUUCAAUGGGUCCCCGGGCGAACAAUUCAGGCUCUGUCUCUGGUUUUCCUUCUCCACGCUCGUUUUUGCCCACCGGGAGAGGAUAAUGAGUAACUUGACAAGACUGGUGCUGGUGAUAUGGUUGUUUGUCGUGCUGAUCAUAACACAGAGUUACACAGCAAACUUGGCCUCGUUGUUGACCGUACAGCGGCUACAACCUAAGUUUGUUGACGUGCAUGACCUUGUGAGGAACCGGCACUAUGUUGGAUACCAGAGCUCGUUUGUGAAAGAGCUUCUGAUACGAGAGAUGAACUUUGACGAGUCAAGGCUGCGUUCUUACAGCUCCCCGGAGAAGUACCACAAAGCACUGAUGAAAGGAAGUGGCAACGGUGGGGUUGAUGCGAUCUUCGAUGAGACUCCCUACCUCAAACUUUUCCUUGCCAAGUACUGUGACAAGUACACCAUAAUUGGACCGACCUACAAGACGGAUGGGUUCGCCUUCGUGAGUUCUACUUCUCUAUCUCUAUGCAGUAUGCACUAUUACCUCUAA